CGCUGCCGCGCCGCCUUACGCUCGCGAUGUUUUGCUAGCAGGGAGCAGAAUCGCAUCUUUUUCUACAAUUUUUGUGGGUUUUUUUAAAUAAUAAAACUAAGAAACACGUUCGACGAUGAGAACGCACUCGAAAAUGACUGGCGGACAUUUUGUGACGCGCUGGUGAAAGUGAAGGAGCAUUGAGAGAUGUGAGACCUGUGACGGACCAACAUGUCCACACACACAGAGACCACAACGGUGCUGCACAUCUGGGAGCUCGCCGUCCCUCUCCCAGCUGUGCUGAUGAUCACCGUGACUUUCUACAUGAUGCUCAUGGGCGUCGGCCUGUGGAUACGGUUCUGUCUUAAGGACCGUUGUUCUGCAGAGUGUGGUGACUGCGGUCCAGACAUUUCCAUCUCUGAGCAGUGCUUCAGGCUGGCGGAGACGUGUGACUGCCGCCCGCCGACCGUGCGCUCAUGUCUCAACCAUUCGUGCCCUUCUCCCACAUGUCUCAUGUGGGACUGUGCCUGCACCUGUCAACCUCCCGAGUGCGAGUCCUGCAACUGCCUCUGCUUCGAGAUCAGGAUCAAGUAGGACCGUCGAAGGUGAACGGAGGAUUUGCGAGGUUGUCCGCUCUCGCGGGACCGUGGGUCAUGUCCCUGGAUAAAGAGUGGACGUCCCCUUCCUAUUUGACGCAGGACAUCAACUCAGAAGUAAUAAUAUACUGGGCAGCUGCCAGGGGACGACUGCUGGAUAAUUCUCACUUUAAACUGUCAGGGAACAUUUACCUGAGGAGAUGAAGUUCAUGACUGAUUGACACCAGUGUGAUUGACAGCUGGUAUCAUCCAAUAGGAGCCUGGUCUGUCAACUUCCUGUUUGCAAACAAACUUCAACAUGGCUCCAAUCAAAUAGUGAAAAAUCUCUGAAAAUGACAGAAAAUAGAAAAUAUUCACAUUUAAGAAGCUGAAAAAUGA